UUCUCCUAAAUUCCAUCCAAACUAGUAAACUUCCUUCAAACUUUCACCUUCUCAUUACUCUCUUCCCAAGAAAUUAACAAGAGAAAAAACAAUGUCUUCUUCUACCAAUUGGAAAUCGACCCAUUUCAUUUUAUCACUUUUUACAUUGAUUUCUUUCUUCAAUGUGUGCUUUGCUUCAAGAAAGCUCACUGCUUUAGUGCAAGACCCACAAAUGCAGCUCUUGCACUACCACAAGGGUGCACUUCUUUCCGGCAAAAUCUCUGUCAAUCUGAUUUGGUAUGGCAAAUUCAAGCCAUCCCAAAGAGCUGUUGUAUCUGAUUUCAUCAACUCCCUUUCUACUUCAACUCCAUCCAAAACCAAUCCUUCAGUAGCCCAAUGGUGGAAGACAACAGAAAAAUACUACCAUCUCGCCAAUUCCAAAAAGCCCCUUUCCCUCUAUUUGGGUAAACAAGUGCUCCUCGAAAAUUAUUCCCUAGGAAAAUCAUUGACCCAGAAGCAAAUAGUGCAAUUGGCAUCAAAGGGUGAACAGAAAGACGCCAUUAAUGUUGUAUUGACCGCCUCUGAUGUUGCCGUUGAUGGGUUCUGCGUCAAUCGGUGUGGAACUCAUGGGUCUUCUAAGGGUGCCGUUAUUAAGGGUAAAACUUAUAAAUUUGCUUAUAUUUGGGUUGGUAACUCAGAAACGCUGUGUCCUGGCUAUUGUGCCUGGCCAUUCCACCAGCCCAUCUACGGACCACAGAGCCCACCAUUGGUUGCACCAAACAACGAUGUUGGUGUCGAUGGUAUGGUGAUCAACUUGGCUAGCUUAUUAGCCGGAACAGCAACAAACCCAUUUGGAAAUGGUUACUACCAAGGCGAAGCAGAUGCCCCAUUGGAGGCUGCCUCUGCUUGCCCUGGUGUCUACGCCAAGGGCGCUUACCCCGGCUAUGCUGGAGAUUUAUUGGUGGACAAAACUACAGGUGCAAGCUACAAUGCACAUGGUACAAACGGAAGGAAAUAUUUGGUUCCUGCUCUAUAUGAUCCUGCUACAUCCACAUGCUCUACUUUGGUCUAGAGAGACGACCAAUAUUUACAUAAUCAUAUAUAUAUAUAUAUAUAUAGUUGAGCAUAGAGUUUUAAGAUACAAUUUGUUGAUUCAUUCAUUUGUUUCAGAUUAUGAUAAUAUACGACAAAAUUAUUUUUUUGUGUCUA